AUAUAGUAGUGUGUUAUUGCUGGGUGAUAUAUAUGCAGUUAUCAUGACCCUUAAGGGUGGCACCACCAGUGCCUGCGCUGCAUGCAAGUACCAAAGGCGAAAAUGCAUCCCUGAAUGUCCUCUUGCUCCAUAUUUCCCAGCAGACCAAACCAAAGUUUUCCAAAAUGCUCAUAAAUUAUUUGGUGUAAGCAACAUUGGUAAGAUAUUAAAGAGUUUAGAUCCUUCCCAACAUGCUGAGGCCAUGCGUUCUGUCAAAUACCAGGCCAAUGUUCGAGACAGGUUUCCUGUGUAUGGAUGCUUGGGUGUCAUUCGUCAGCUUUAUUAUCAAAUUCAGCUACUUGAAGAAGAGUUUCAUGCAGUGCUUGCACAGCUUGAGAUGUACAGGCAACAUCACCACCACCACCAUCAACAGCAUCAGAUUUCUUCCCUGCCCGAUGACGUGCCUUCACAGCUAGAACUAGCCAUGGCCCCGCCUUCCAAUUCUCUCCCUUUCUUCAAUCAAGUCCCAGCUCAGCCUUACACCAACGUCUCAGCUAUGCCGGUUUCAAUGCAACAUUCUUACUCAUCAAGCAAUAAUGUUGGUUAUAGCCCUUCUUACAUGGAUUCUGCGGAGAAUGUGGGAAAUAAUUAUUUGUGGAUUCAACAUCCAUUUCUUGCCACAAACAGUAACACCAGCAGCAAUAAUGGCAGCUCAAUGGCGAUUCAAUCUCAGAUGCUGGUUCCCAACUCACAGCCAGAAGUUGUUCAAGAUUACAAUGAAAUUCAUUCCUUCAUUGAUACCAUCGAUGACAGACAAUCUUAUAUUGAUUCCAAAGAGGCAUACGACUCCCGCUCUGAAGAAUCACUGAAAGACACGACACAAUCAAUGGAGCAUGUUGCAGUGAAUGAAUUGAAGAGUGCUGCUGCUUGCCUCAGUCUCACCAGUGUCAACUGAU